ACAGCUACGGGGACAAAACACCAACGCCGAGGCGGAAAAUGAAGAACCCUCGUGGUCGUCUUCAUCGCCGUCAUCUUUCUCGUCCUGUAGUCCUGGGACUGUCUUCGUUUCGUUAGUCGACGCAGACAUUCGGACCGGGGUGACGCAGGAGGGCAUCAUGAUCUCUCAGUACCCGCUGGCAUCGCUGCUGCCCUGGCCGCCCCUGCCCCUCUGCCUUGAGCUGGACACUGACGGAGGAGUGGCACUGCAGAGGUACCAGCCACGUUCUCCGGACAGCAGCCCUCGACACUGGAGCUCGGUGCAGGAUUGGGGGGAGGAGGUGGAGGAGGGGGCCGUGUACAGCGUCACUCUGAAGAGGGUCCAGAUCCAGCAAGCGGCCAACAAAGGGGCGAGAUGGCUGGGGGUGGAGGGCGACCGCUUACCCCCCGGUCACACAGUCAGUCAGUUGGAGACGUGUAAGAUCCGCAGCAUUCGCGCCGGGACGCUGGAGCGGCUGGUCGAGACCCUGCUGACGGCGUUCGGCGAUAACGACCUCACCUACACCAGCAUCUUCCUCUCCACGUACAGAGCCUUCGCCAGUACACACAGUGUCCUGCAGCUGCUGCUCGAAAAAUACGGGAGCUUGGAGGACUGCGAUGGGAAGAGCUCUCAAGGCCAAGCAGUUGAAAACCACGGCGCUGUGAGAACGGCUCUAGCCUCCAUCUUGAGGGCGUGGUUGGAUCAGUGCCCGGAGGAUUUUCAGGAGCCGCCGUCGUACCCCAACCUGAACCGGGUGCUGGACUUCCUGAGGAAGACGAUGCCCGAUUCGGACCCCACGCGGAGGGCGCGGAACCUUCUGGAGCAGCUGCAGGGUCAGGCUGGAGAGUGUGAGACCGACGGUGGUUUCCACGGAAACAGCCCCUUCUGCCUGGGCGAGGACGAGGAAGUGGAGAUUGAACCUCAGGAGGACUUCCUGUCCUUCAGCGCCGACCUGGUGGCCGAACAGCUCACCUACAUGGAUGCGCUGCUCUUUAAGAAGGUGGUCCCUCAUCACUGUCUGGGUUCCGUUUGGUCUCAGCGUGAUAAGAAGGAGAACAAGCAGGCGGCCCCCACCGUACGAGCCACCAUCACCCAGUUUAACGCCGUGGCGGGAUGCGUGGUGAGCACCGUCCUCCACCCGCGCCAGCUACGACCUUACCUGCGGGCGCGCAUCAUCCAGAGCUGGAUCGAGGUCGCGCAGGAGUGUCGUAUUCGUAAGAACUUCUCCUCUCUGAAAGCCAUCGUGUCAGCCCUGCAGUCCAACCCCAUCUACAGGCUGAAGAGAGCCUGGGCCUGCGUACACAAGGAGAACAUGCAAAUGUUUGAGGAACUCUCCGACAUUUUCUCAGACCACGACAAUUACCUGACCAGCCGAGAGCUGCUGAUGAGGGAGGGCACGUCCAAGUUCGCCAACCUGGAGAACUGCGCCAAAGAGCAUCAGAAACGCUCUCAGAAGAGGCUGCAGCUGCAGAAAGAGGCGGGUGCCAUGCAGGGGACGAUUCCGUACCUCGGGACGUUUUUGACAGACCUGACCAUGCUGGACACGGCACUACCAGAUCUCGUGGAGGGCGGUUUGAUCAACUUUGAGAAGAGGAGAAGGGAAUUCGAGGUGAUCGCUCAGAUUAAGCUCCUGCAGUCGGCCUGUAACAGCUACUGUCUCAAUCCCGACCCGGCCUUCCUGCGCUGGUUCAAAACCCAACCUCAGCACACCGAGGAGGAAAGCCACGCCCUGUCCUGUGAGAUCGAGGGAGUGGGAGACAGCAGCCCGACGUCGCCGAAGUCUCGCACCAGCAUGGUGAAGAGACUCAGUCUGCUUUUUUUGGGAACAGACGCCACAGCCGCCGCCGCUGCGAAUUCCCCGGUGAGAGAGACGCCCAGGUCGCCUCCUGCUGGUAGUUCGGGGGAGAGCAUGGACUCGGUCAGCGUGUCCUCCAGUGACUCCAGUCCCUCGGACAGCGAGGGCAUGACGCCCACACACACCCUCCACUCACAGAUGAAGAAGAUGUCCGAGUCGUCCUCCUGCACCUCCCUGCACUCCAUGGACACGUCCUCGUCCUCAGCUAGCGGCCCGUCGGCCUCGUGCAACCACCGCCGCUGCGUGUCGCUGACGCCCACCACGCCCACGUCACCGGCCUCGCCGGCGUACAACACGCAAACGCAGGACGCCUGCAUCAUCCGGGUGAGCCUGGAGCACGGCAACGGGAACCUCUACAAGAGCAUCAUGCUGACCAGUCAGGAUAAAACGCCGGCCGUGAUCAGCAGAGCCAUGGCCAAACACAACCUGGACGAGGAACAGGUCGAGACCUACGAGCUCGUACAGGUCAUAUCGGACGAGAGAGAGCUGGUGAUCCCAGACAACGCCAACGUCUUCUACGCCAUGAACACCUCGGCCAACUUCGACUUCGUCCUGCGCGCCCGCGGCGCCGAGGGUCGGCCGGUGCAGCUCCGCUCGCGCUGCAGCUCCACGCUGCCACGGACGCAACCGCGCAACAGCCUGUCGCUGCGACUCAGCAAGGUCACGCUCUGACCGUCGCGUCCCUGCAGCCCCGCGCAAAAGUCCACGAAGUAUUUAAAGUAAAUAUACGUUAAUAAACCUCCCUGAACGUCUGCACUUAUAUUUCCCGCCCGGUAUGUCACACCUUUGGUGUCCGAACUUUUGCGUGGGACUGUACGCCGACCUCCGAACAGACUUGAGGAGGACGUCUGGGUCAUGUGAUCUACGUGCAAUCUUCUAACCAUGUACACUAUCCUAUCCUGGAUCCUACGGGCUUGUGGAGCUCGUGAAGCCCCUCUUAAGAGCUGCUGGACUCUUUUUUUGGACGUGAUUUAUCAGUAUUCAGCUCCUGUCGAGCGUUCUUCCAUCUCCUUGGUCCUGAACGACGAUGGGAGUCUUGCGUCAGUAUUGGAUUCGAUGGAUUGAUCGAUUGAUUGAUUCGUCAUUAUGUCGACGUCUAUAUAUAUAUGUGUGUGUGUGUGUUAUUUCUUUCAUGUCCUUGUAUGCAUUAUGUGGACAGCUAUGUAGCUAAAAUAGCACUCGGCGCCCCCCGCAGGCCCUAAUCGUGAGCUGUAUGACGAACGCAGGUACAGUGCGUUCCGAUUGGCUCCCGCUCGGCUCUCGCUCGGCUUUCAGACCCCUUGGAGGAGUCGCACACCAGCGUGAAGGCUCUCGGAUCGGGACCGAGCUGAGCUCUGAUUGGUUGCGCUUGUUUAUAAGUGGGUGAAGUUAUUAUGUAAAGAAAAGAAACACAGUGAUGGACAGAAUUUCAGUCGUUUUGUCUACAAAUGAAUGUUAGUUUAUUGAUUUUUUUUUGGUGAAUGAAUGUGUCAGAUGACUGUGAAGCCGUGAAAAUGAAAAUCAGUGAUAUUCAGAUGAUGCAGCGUCCCGAAUCACAGCUAAUAAGAAGUGUUAAAGAGCAAGUACAGUUCAAGUACAACGUUUACAUUCACCUGUGAGUCACGUACAUGCCGUGACAGUGUUGGGAGUUUGAAGAUUUCGGCGACUGAAUUUUUAAAUGAUCAGAAUUUCACCAUGUGACCCCCUGGAAACCCAACCCGCCCGUCACCCUGAGAAUAAAACUUAAAGAAUGA